AUGCCGCGACGACGCGCCAGCAAGGCUUGCCUUCAUUGCCGCCAGAGAAAGGUCCGUUGCGAUGUGACGCUGCGAGGGGUUCCUUGCUUGAAUUGCCAGCUGGAUCACCAGACAUGCGCGAUCCAGGAGCGCAAAUCCAAACGACCGCUGGCAGAUUCGAAUAUUUCGGCUUACCGUGAAGGCGGCGCGGUGGUCGAGGGCCUAUCGACGAGAGUUGCAGACGAGAAUCCCUCCGGCAUAGACAGCAUAGAUCAAUGGGCCAAGCGACUGGGCGGAGUGCCACCAUUUGGCGCCAAAGGAUUAUCGACCAGCCCUCACAGCGACGCACGAUCGAAUGAAAGCAACUGUAUCGACCUCGAAGGAUUCUCGCCGAAGACUGCAUCGGCAAUUGCGAAUGUACACAACGGCAAAACGAAGUCGAGUCGAUAUAGUACAUUCUCGAAUUCAUCAAAAGCGCGAGCCAAUAGCAACGCAUACAACAGCUAUGACACUCUGCCCUUUAUCGCAACCCCCGAGCUGGGACACCUCUCAGCUCUGGAUGUUCGUUUUAUGCAACUCAAUGGGUGUUUCGAACUCCCUCCAAUGCCGAUUCUCAACGAACUAGUUCGAAUGUAUUUUCUUCAUACACAUCCUAUCGUACCGCUCCUUGAUGAGGGUGAUUUUUGGGAUUCAUUCUCAUGUUCAAGUGGGGAGAAAAUUUCUUUGCUUUUGUUUCAAGCGAUGGUAUUCGCUGCAUGCGCCUUCAUUCCAGAAGCUGUUGCAGAAGCAGCAGGUUUCCCCUACCCGAGGGCGGCCGCAGAGGCUUUUUACAAGAAGACCAAGAUCCUAUACGACUUUGAAAUUGAGUCGAAUCCCAUCGCUCUCGGCCAGGUGGCAAUACUGCUCACCUUCUGGCCGGGUGGUCUACGGCUGGGCCUAACGAAAGCAAACUCAGCAUGGCUGGGCACAGCCAUUCGACACGCAAAAUCCCUCCGAGCACAUCAUUUAUCGUCGAAGCAUGCCAGCCAGCACACGCAAAAUGUCCCCCCCAAAACACGGAUAAUGCUUCGGCGACUCUGGUGGUGCUGUUACUUUCGCGACCGCUCUCUCGCGCUGGCUCUUCGUCGAACGAUGCGGAUCCCUGAAAAAUAUCCAUUGUUAACUCUCGAAGAUUUCGAAGGCGAAUUUCACCGCUCUCGCGUAUACAAUGCUGAAGCAAAGCGCCAUAUUUUCGAUAUUUACAUUCAAAUAUCUAAGUUAAUCGUAAUCAUGACGGACGUGCUUCGACUAUGCUCGAUUUCAGAAGACGGAAUAGAUAGCGAGACGACCAGGACGGAUCAUCAUGCGAUAGCGAAUUGCAUGGCUCAACUGCAGGCAUGGCAUGAUGAAACCAGGCUACAGUUUCCAGAUGAUGGAGACCGGCCAGGUGUCCAGCCACACUUUGUCAUCAUACAGACCAAUCUGAUGUUUAUAUACUACUUCGCUGCGAAAUUGGCCAUCCACCAUCAAGAGAUUUUCUAUGCUGUUCGCGAUUCCGACAAUGCAAAUGGCGAAGGGCCGUAUCCCACCCUUGCCGGCAAAAGCGACCAAGUUCGUGAUGCUGUCAACAACCUUAUCAAGCACCUUUCCAACCCUGUGCAGCUUGGACUGGCGCAAUAUCUACCCGUCAGCGUCGUUGCAUUUGUUGCCAUGCCCCUCCUGGUACAGAUUCUCAAUGCAAAGAUCAUGUCCCGCGGCGUGGUAAGUUCGCGAGCGGCAAUACAUCAAGAGCAGCUGCAUUCCCUGAUCAAUCUGGUCAAGCAGUGCCACCGGCGGCUUGGUGGAGUCGACGCCAUGUGUGUUAUAAUUCGUCGACUAACGGAUGCGGCUCAAUCCCGAUUUCUGACUGGAAAGACAUCUCAGGUCACUGAGUUCAUCGAUUUAAUUGACUACAGCCCGCUUGAGUACCUAAGAUUCUUCUUGAACCUGGACCUGAACCUCAGCAAUGCGACGUUAGUAGAGAAUAUCCGGUUUUCAGAGCUGAAAGAGGAACUACUCCAAUCGAAGAAGACUCCAUCAGAAAGCGAGAGUCACACACCGGUUCCGGAUGCAGAACAGACCCCGUCAUCCACGCAGCCAACAGAGCCAGCCCUUAUAUCCACAUCUACACAGCAAGAUGCAUGGGGCCUGAAUUUCCCGGGGGCCAAAACCGACCCUUUCGCCGCAAUAGGCGACUCUCCUCUGGACUUUGACGAGCUCCUAAGUGGACAGGGCAUGCUGGGCAUCGACCCUUCUUUGAUUGAUUUGGAGUCUCUGCCCUUUAUGAAUCAGCGUAUGGAAUGGGAGAUGGAUGCCUGGCUGGUGGGAGGAUCCUAG